AUGAGCCUCCUAGGCUACCUUGGGGCGGCGAUAACGUCAAUUCUGGUGUCGAUACCAACGCUGCAUCUGCUGGCAUCUGUGACGCAUGCCCCGGUGCUGUCCUUUGCAGCCCGUAGCAUCGCAUCCUUCAGCGCCCUCGUCUUCUGCGCCUGCUAUGGUGUUGUCGCCUCUAUUGUUCUCCGUCUGGUCGGCUAUGGCGGUCUGAGCCAGUGGACUACUGCUCGCUCCUUCAAAUGGACCAUGUGGUUGCUUACUGGUGUCGAGUUCAAGAUCACCGACAAGUAUGCCGGCCUCAAGGUGCGCCCCGGUGUCUUUAUCGGAAACCACCAGACUGAACUCGAUGUCCUGAUGCUUGGCUGCAUAUUCCCACCCUACUGCUCCGUCACCGCAAAGAGCAGUCUCAAAUGGAUGCCCUUCCUCGGCCAAUUCAUGGCUCUCUCCAAGACCGUCUUCAUCAACCGCACCUCGCGCUCCGAAGCCAUGGCUGCCUUCUCCCAGGCCGCCGAAACCAUGCACUCAGAACAACAAUCCGUCUACAUUUUCCCUGAGGGCACUCGCUCCUACGCCAACACACCCACCCUUCUCCCCUUCAAGAAGGGCGCUUUCCACCUUGCUGUCCAGGCUCAGGUCCCUAUUGUCCCUGUGGUUGUCGCAAAUUACAGCAAUGUGUUGGAUGUCAAGAAUAAGAUUUUCAACUCUGGCGUGGUCCCAGUCUCGGUUUUGAAGCCUGUGGAGACUAAGGGCUUGACCAAGGAUGAUGUGGAUGGUUUGGUUGAGAGGAUACAAAAGGAUAUGGCUGAAGAGUUGGUCAGAAUCACUUAUGUCGCACAGAAGAAGGGCGUUGCUGGUAGUGAUGCUUCGGCUCGUGCUUCCAAGAGCUCUGGUGUUGAUGUGGGCAUCAGUGGUUGA